AUGUCGGAUCUGUUGAGUGGCAUUGCGAGUUUUACAAAAACAGUAGCCGAUUCAUUGAACACAUAUGAAAUCAGGAAACUUGGUGACAAAGUGCAGGGAAUGGUAAUGAACUAUACGGAAGCAGAAAGUAAGGUCCGAGAAGCAACUAACGAAGAUCCGUGGGGACCGACAGGGCCUCAAAUGGCUGAAAUUGCACAUAUGACAUAUCAAUAUGAUGCGUUUCCCGAAGUGAUGAGCAUGCUCUGGAAGCGGAUGCUACAGGACAAUAAGAAUGCAUGGAGACGAGUAUAUAAAUCCUUAACACUACUGCAUUAUCUGUUAAAAAAUGGCAGUGAGCGAGUAGUGAGCAACGCACGUGACCAUUUAUUUGAGAUGCGUACGCUGGAAUCUUAUAGAUUUACUGAUGAAAAGGGAAAGGAUCAGGGACUUAAUGUACGACAUCGGGUUAGCGUUUUGUUCGAAUUGAUUCAAGAUGAUGAACAAUUAAAAGCAGAGCGAAAAAAAGCAAAAUUAGAGGGCAAGGAAAAAUACAAAGGCUAUUCAAAAGACGAUAUGCGUUUGGGUGGACAAACUAUCUUCAGUAGUAAUAAUAAAGGAAAUUCUGAUGAGUGGAGAAAUAGCGGUGAUUUUUCGAAGAGGCGAAAUUCAUGUGAUGAAGAUGGAAGAGACUCUUAUCGCCAUCGUGAAGUAAACUCGUUCCAGUUUCCAGACGAAGAAAUCAGCCACUGUGGAGGUGAUAGUCCAGAACUUGGCAUACGGGAGCACACACCAGAGCCAGUUGGCCAAGAAAUCGAAGAUGAUGAAGAAUUCGGUGAUUUUGCCCUGGCUCGUAAUCUUCAGUCUCAGUUUCAAAAAACUUCUACACCGUCGUUAGUAACAACACAGUCACAACCCAUUCAUAAACCUUAUCAGCUACAUACCACCGAUGUUCCAAUUCCUGCCGUCGUACCUCCUCCUCCUCCUCCUCCACCUUCUUUUCCUGCUGGUUCGAGUGUAAUAGCUACGACCGUAAAACAUUCCGAUAGUGGCAUUUAUCAGCAAAAUAAACCAGUCCACG